GAGUUCCCAAUAGAAGCUACCAGAUCUGGAAGAGGCUGGCUAGUCCAAGUGAGGCAAGUCCCAGACUCCCAGUCUGAAGUCUUCGCCACUCCCCGCUAACGUUAGAAACGAAAGACCGAAAGAAGAAAAAAGCUCAGAACCAAAAAGGCCUUCGGAAUCCAAUCGAAGUGAACCAGAGAGAAUGGACGAGUCGAAGCUGAACCAAUUGAAGCAAUUCGUCGAGCAGAUUAAGUCCGAUCCCUCCAUUCUCAGCGACCCUUCUUUCUCCUUCUUCCGCGACUACCUCCUAAGCCUCGGUGCCCAGCUCCCUCCUUCCGCUUACAAGCACGGCGACUCCAAAUCCAAGAGCUUUGUAGUGGAGGAGAGCGACGAGGACGUGGCGGACACGGAUGUCGGGAAAGGGAAUGCGGACGAUGAAGAAGAGGAGGACGAGAUAGUCGAGUCCGAUAUCGAGCUCGAGGGCGAGACGGUGGAGCCUGAUAAUGAUCCUCCGCAGAAGAUGGGAGAUCCAUCAGUCGAGGUCACCGAGGAGAGCCGUGAUGCCGCGCAGACUGCUAAGGCCAAAGCCAUGGAAGCUAUUUCUGAAGGUAACGUGGAGGAAGCGAUCGAGAAUCUCACGGAGGCUAUUUUGCUCAAUCCAACAUCAGCCAUCAUGUACGCGACCAGAGCUAGCGUCUAUGUCAAGAUGAAGAAACCAAAUGCAGCUGUCCGUGAUGCCAAUGCUGCUUUGGAGAUUAAUCCAGAUUCUGCUAAAGGUUACAAGACUCGUGGCAUGGCGCAAGCAAUGCUUGGUCAAUGGGAAGAUGCUGCAAAGGAUCUUCAUCUGGCAUCAAAGUUAGACUAUGAUGAGGAAAUCAAUGCUGUUUUGAAGAAGGUGGGACCAAAUGUGCACAGGAUUGAGGAACAUUGUCGGAAGUAUGAAAGGUUGCACAAGGAAAGAGAGGAGAGAAAGAUUGAGCGUGAAAGACGUCGUCGCCGUGCUGAAGCUCAGGCUGCAUACGAGAAGGCUAAGAAGCAAGAGCAGUCAUCUUCCAGUAAGAAACAUGAAGGCAUGCCAGGCUUUUCAGGGGGGAUGCCUGGAGGCUUUCCAGGGGGGAUGCCUGGAGGCUUUCCAGGGGGGAUGCCUGGAGGUUUCCCUGGUAGCAUGCCAGGAGGGGUGCCUGGAAAUGUUGAUUUUAGCAAAAUAUUGAAUGACCCUGAGCUGAUGACAGCAUUUAGUGAUCCAGAAGUCAUGGCUGCUCUUCAAGAUGUAAUGAAGAACCCUGCAAAUCUGGCAAAGCAUCAAGCUAAUCCCAAGGUGGCUCCCGUGAUUGCUAAGAUGAUGGGCAAAUUUGGAGGACCUCAGUAAGCUGUUUUAAGAUCGAAAUAGUGAUUGUGGGAGAUCUACCAUCUGUAAGUUGAGGUAGGCAGGAUCUUUCACGAUACAUUGAGGUUGUAUUAACCAUUCCAACAUCGAAAACCAUGGUGGUACGAAUGAUGUGUGGCUGUUUCGGACUUACCAAUUUAGACCUUCUUGUAAUUGAAUGCUGAUUUUGAUAAUCUAUCUUGCCGAUAUGUGCUGGUAA